AUGCAUCACAUUUUUUUCUCGUUCGUCGUGGCCCUCUGCUUUGGCACGCGCUGGGCGGUCGCUGCUUUAACCUCGGGUGAAAUUGCCAACUCUCUCAAUGAACUAGCACAGCAAGGAUUCGCUGCUAAGGAACUCGUAUUGGAAAUCAAUUCCACUGCGGACGCUGGUCCAAUUCCGCAUAUCUACACUGAGAUAGACACGAUGGUCGCUGUGGUUCUAACAGAUGUAAAAUUUAUGGUGAACACGCCGAUCAUUACUGAUCAGGCGGAGGAGCAGGACGUCUAUGAGGGAUACUCAAAUUUCAUACAAUCCCUCCUCGAGCUCAUGGACGCCUUGUCGGGCAGCGCAGCCCAGCUGAAAUCCAUCAACCAAACAACCAAGAACAGAGUUCCCUCUGAAAUUCGCAUCUUGCAAAGUGCCGUUGACGCCUACUUCUACAACAUCAUCGGUCUUUUCCCAGCCAACAGCUCGUACAACGCUCAGGCCAACAACCAGAAAGCCCAGGUGGAUACGCAUUGCUUCCAGGCUGUCUGGGCAUUUGAUCUCGGUUAUAGCAAUGGUAAUCAGGCUACUUAUCAAGCGCGCAGCAAGAGCUACGUUCACUCUCGAUGGAUGAAGCGCGGUUCCUUGUGA